AUGGAAAAGCUUCACAGCGCACCACCCUUCCGCGCAGAGCAAAUGGGCUCCCUGCUGCGUCCGGAUGACCUCCUCGUGAUCCGCCAGAAGAUAGCCGAGACCGGCAUCUCCGAAGCCGAAGCCGGCCUCCCAGCCGUCGAGCAAGAAUCCGUCCGCCAAGUCGUCAAGAUGCAACAAGACCUCGGCUUCAAAGCCGUGACCUCAGGCGAGUUCAACCGCACCCGAUUCUGGGGUCUCAUGUGGGACGAGUUCGACGGAACCAUCCGUCUCCAAGACGCCGAAGCAUCCAUGUUCCGCCUCUACCAUCCCGACGUAGUGAGUCUAAUUGAAAAAGACCGCAAAGUGAUGCCCGGCGACUCCGUGAUCGCAGGAAAGAAAUUGUCACACAGCAAGGCGACACCGUCGAACCUGCACGAGCUCAAGCUCGUCCAGGCCUCGCUUCCUCAGUCCGAGUGGUCGAAUAUCAAAUUGACAAUGAUCACGCCUGCGUGGUUCCACAUGCGCUACAAGCAGGGUCGUGCUUAUACGGCCGAAGCCUACGCGAAUGACGAAGAGUAUUUCGCGGACGUGGCGAAGGUUUACCGCGCGGAACUGGCUUCGCUGUAUGAGGCUGGACUGCGGAAUGUGCAGUUUGAUGAUCCCGGCAUGGCGUAUUUCUGCUCCGAGGCUUUCCGGAAGGGGUGGGCGGAGGAUGAGAGCAAUACGGGGUCUGUGGAUGAUUUGUUGGAUGCUUAUAUUAAGCUAUACAAUGAUUCGCUGGCUGGGCAAUUUCAUUGGGGGAGACACUUCUCGGAGGGGUCUUAUGAUAUUAUUGCGAAGAAGUUGUUUGAGGAUUUGAAGGUGAAUACUUUCUAUUUGGAGUAUGAUACUGAGCGUGCUGGAGGAUUUGAGCCUUUGCGGUUCUUGCCUAAGGAUAAGAAUGUUGUUGUUGGUGUUAUUAGCACCAAGUUGCGAGAGUUGGAGGACAAGGAGGCUGUGAAGGAGCGCAUCUUCAAGGCUGCGGACUUUGUGGCUGAGGGGUCCGGGGAGACUCGGGAGGAGGCGCUCAAGAGGGUAUGUGUGAGUCCCCAGUGUGGAUUCAGUACCCAUGAAAGCGGAUAUCCUCUUCUUGUUGAGCAUCAGAAGAACAAAUUGAGUCUCGUGCGGGAGAUUGCGGAUGAAGUUUGGGGUCAGGCCUAA